AAAGGUGCCACUUAGCAGGCAGGUACCUCGCCGAGUACAUGUAGAGUUCGCCCAUGCGCCUGCUCGGCACGAGCUAACUUACACAUGUAGCCAGAGCUCGGACGUCCCUGCCUGGCUACAUACCUACGAGUACACGCCUGCACCUGGGGAGCGUGCUGCUGCGAGGCAAGUACCGAGAUACCUCCUUCUGCACCAGCCCCCUGCGAGGAGAGUCGACCUCGGCUCGGCCGCGCGCGAAUCAGCUUGUCAGCAAUUCAAAAGAGAGCUGCCUCGAGCCUGCAAUGGCCAACGGGGGGGGAAACUGCCGCAACCCCAUAUCAAGCCCCGACAAUUCCGUGCCCGCUACCGCUCUCUCUUGUCUGUGACGCUUACAACUUCUCUUCUUCUUCUCUUCUCUUCUCCCUCAACCCUCAACCCUCCACCCUCUCUCUCUCCUCUCUGUUUCUUCCAUCACAACUUGCUCAUACUUGCUCCUGUCCGUCUUCCUCUUCCUUCGUCCCAUCAUCGUCGACCGCCCGUCAGACAGUGUUGCCAACAAACAAUUCACAUAUAUACACCUUCGAAUAAACGCACACGCGUGCCCGCACGCUUUACGUCAAUCAGAAUGGCGCCCCGUGUGAUCGUCGUUGGCGGUGGCUUGUCCGGUCUGAGCGCUGCGCACACGAUUUACUUAGCUGGCGGCAAUGUGGUGGUCCUCGACAAGCAAGGCUUCUUUGGAGGAAACUCUACCAAGGCCACCUCGGGUAUCAACGGCGCCUUGACGCGGACGCAGGUCGAGCACAAGAUCCAGGACAGCGUCAAGCAGUUCUACGAUGAUACCCUCAAGUCGGCGCGAGACCAGGCCCGGCCAGACCUCAUCAAGGUCCUUACCUACAAAUCUGCCGCUGCAGUGGAAUGGCUGCAAGAUGUCUUCAACUUGGAUCUGACCUUGGUGUCGCGGCUCGGCGGCCAUUCUCAACCCCGGACGCACAGAGGUCAUGACGCGAAGUUCCCCGGCAUGGCCAUCACAUAUGCCCUGAUGCAGAGGCUGGAAGAACUCGCCGAGACCGAGCCGGAACGAGUCCAGAUCAUUAAGAAGGCCCGUGUGACUAGCUUAAAUAAGGAGGGCAACAAGGUCACCGGAGUUACGUACGAGUCUGACGGCGAGAGCGUCAUUCUCAACGGCCCCGUCGUCCUCGCUACUGGUGGUUACGCCGCGGAUUUCGGCGAGAACUCCCUAUUGAAGAAGCACAGGCCCGAUACCUUUGACCUCGCUACCACCAACGGCACCCACGCCACCGGUGACGGCCAGAAGAUGGUUAUGGCCAUCGGAGGAAACGGUAUUGAUAUGGACAAGGUUCAGGUCCACCCUACCGGUCUCGUCGACCCCAAGGACCCCGGCUCUAAAUGGAAGUUCUUGGCCGCCGAGGCGCUGCGCGGUGAGGGUGGUCUUCUGCUUAACGCCGACGGCGACAGAUUCUGCGACGAGCUCGGCCACAGAGAUUACGUCUCGGGCAUGAUGUGGAAGGAGAAGGACAAGGGCAAGUUCCCCAUCCGGCUCGUCCUCAACUCCAAGGCCUCCAAGGUUUUGGACUUCCACACUCGCCAUUACUCCGGUCGUGGACUGAUGAAGAAGAUUACGGGCCGGGAACUCGCCAAGGAGAUCGGCUGCACCCCCGAGCACCUCCAAAAGACCUUCACCACAUACAAUGCCAUCGCGGAGGGCAAGCAAAAAGACCCGUGGGGCAAGAAGUUCUUUCACAACCUGCCUCUGGAUAUCAACGACGACUUCCACGUCUCGCUGAUGGAACCCGUUGUCCACUUCACCAUGGGCGGUGUCGAGAUCAACGACAAGGCUCAGGUCUUGAACACGGAGAAGAAGCCCUUCGAGGGUCUCUUCGCGUGCGGUGAAUUGGCUGGUGGCGUCCACGGAGCCAACCGCCUCGGAGGCUCGUCGCUUCUAGGGUGCGUUGUUUAUGGUCGCGUUGCUGGUGAUUCGGCAAGCAAUUACCUAUUUCAGCAAGCGCUCUCCGGCGCAACCGGCGUGGCCGGAGCCGCCCAGCGUCUCGGCCAAAUCUCGCUGCACAUCGACCCAUCCCAACCGGGCAAGCUGUCCGUCGAGUGGGGUAGUGGUGCUUCUGGUAGCGGAGCUUCUGGCUCGUCGCCGCCGUUUGUCGACCAGAAGACGACCGCCGCCGCCGCCGGCCCUACAGCUGCGUCCUCGGCGGGCGCAUCAGCCCAAGCCACGACGAAGGCUCAAGGCCCGAAGCCGUUCGAGGUACCGGAAGAGGAAUUUACGAUGGAGGAAGUAGCUAAGCACAACAAGAAGGAAGACCUCUGGGUGGUUGUCAAGGGUGUCGUCCUAGAUGUGACGAACUGGCUUGAUGAUCACCCGGGUGGCCCCCAAGCACUUCUUAACUUCAUGGGCCGAGACGCGACGGAAGAGUUUGAAAUGCUACACGACGACGAAGUGAUCCCGAAGUACGCCCCGGAGCAGGUAAUAGGGCGCAUUAAGGGGCAGGAGGUAACGCUUGAAAUCUAGGCGCGGCGAGCAAUGACCAUCUGCUCGUUGCAUCGAGCCAUUGGGUGUUAGUUACUAUGAUUGACGAAAAUUCCCCAUAUAUCCCCUACGCGGGAGCACUAGAGUCGGGAAGGGGGGGGAGCAGUGGAAGCCAAGCCAGGCGGAGGCGCUUCUCUUGUAUUACAUCCCAUGGCUGUACCGAUAACUAUUUACUUUGAUUUUGGAUGCAGCACGCUGCAGCUUCGAGGUGUAUAUAUAUAUAUAUAUAUAUAUUAUCACUUUGCCUUUCAAACCUACGUACUGUCUAGGAGUACUUUUGCGGUCUUGUUACUCG